CGGGUCGCGCGCCCGUCCGCCUGCCACAGAAGUUAGGACCAUGGAGGAGCCUGGCAUGCCCCAUGAAUCAGCAGAGGAUUUGUUUCAUUUCAAUGUUGGAGGCUGGCAUUUCUCAGUUCCCAGAAGCAAACUUGCUCAAUUCCCAGACUCCCUGCUGUGGAAAGAGGCUUCAGCCUUGACCUCUUCAGAAAACCAGAGGCUGUUCAUUGACAGAGAUGGUUCUACAUUUAGGCAUGUCCACUAUUACCUCUACACUUCCAAGCUCUCCUUCUCCAGUUGUGCUGAACUGAACCUGCUCUAUGAGCAAGCCCUGGGUUUGCAGCUGAUGCCUUUGCUUCAGACCCUAGACAAUCUGAAGGAGGGGAAGCACCACCUCCGAGUGCGGCCUGCGGACAUCCCGGUUGCUGAGAGAGCAUCUCUAAACUACUGGCGGACAUGGAAGUGCAUCAGCAAGCCUUCCGAGUUUCCAAUCAAAAGCCCAGCCUUCACAGGUCUUCAUGAUAAGGCACCUUUGGGACUCAUGGACACCCCACUGUUAGACACAGAAGAGGAAGUGCAUUACUGUUUCUUGCCCCUCGACUUGGUAGCCAAGUAUCCAAGCCUAGUAACAGAAGACAACCUGUUGUGGCUGGCUGAAACUGUGGCCCUGAUCGAGUGCGAGUGCAGCGAGUUCCGCUUCAUUGUGAAUUUUCUCCGCUCACACAAGAUUUUACUACCAGAUAACUUCUCCAACAUAGAUGUGUUAGAAGCAGAAGUAGAAAUUCUGGAAAUCCCUGAGCUUACUGAAGCUGUACGGCUGUACCGGAUGAAUAUGGGUGGCUGUUCCCGGACCUCCUGUCCUCCUCCAAGCCCUGGAAAGGGGGGCCGUACAGCUAGUCUGGAGUCUGUGAAACCACUGUACAUGAUGGCAUUGGGUCUUCUGGUCAAGUACCCAGACUCUGCACUGGGACAGCUUCGCAUUGAGAGCACACUGGAUGGAAGCAGACUGUACAUCACAGGGAAUGGGGUCCUCUUCCAGCAUGUCAAGAACUGGCUGGGCACUUGCCGACUGCCCCUGACUGAGACCAUCUCUGAGGUGUAUGAGCUUUGUGCCUUCCUGGACAAGAGGGACAUCACCUAUGAGCCAAUGAAAGUGGCUCUCAAGAGUCAUCUGGAGCCGAGGACUUUGCCACCCAUGGACGUGCUCAAUGAGGAGUGGACAGCAGGGAUCACUAUAUAUUCACCCCAACAGAUCAUCAAGCUUUAUGUUGGAAGCCAUUGGUAUGCAACCACCCUGCAGACCCUGAUGAAGUAUCCAGAACUGCUAUCCAACACUCAGAGAAUAUACUGGAUCACCUACGGACAGACCUUGCUUAUCCAUGGUGAUGGCCAAAUGUUCCGACACAUUCUCAACUUCCUGAGACUUGGAAAACUGUUUUUACCAUCAGAAUUUAAGGAAUGGCCUCUCUUCUGCCAGGAGGUGGAGGAAUAUCAUAUCCCAGCCCUCUCAGAAGCCCUUGCACAGUGUGAGGCAUACAAGUCAUGGACUCAGGAAAAAGAAUCUGAAAAUGAAGAAGCUUUUCCUAUUAGGAAGCUGCAUGUGGUGACAGAAGGGACAGGGCCAAUGGCAGAGUUCAGUAGAGAUGCCAAGGAAACCACAACCUGUAUGCCUGUGGACUUCCAAGACUGUAAUGACAGGACUCCAUGGAACAAGGCCAAAGGAAACCUGACCAGGUCCAGUCAGAUGGAGGAGGCUGAACAGUACACCCGGACUAUCCAGGUCUCCCUAUGCAGAAAUGCCAAGAGGGGGGGCAAUCCCAGCACAUACUCACACUGUUCUGGCUUAUGUGCCAACCCCAGACACUGGGGAGGUCACUCUGAGAGUCCUCCCAAGAAGAAGUGCCCCACUAUAAACCUCACACAGAAAUCUGAUGCCAAAGACCCUCCUGUCACCCCCAUGCAAAAACUCAUAUCUUUGGUAAGGGAAUGGGACAUGGUCAACUGUAAACAGUGGGAAUUCCAGCCACUGACAGCCUCCCGGAGCAGCUCUUUGGAGGAAGCUACCCUGCAUGUCCCUGCAGGAAGUGAGGCUACUUCCCAACCUGGUACCUCAGGUGCCUGGAAAGCUCAUUCCAUAACCUCAGAGAAGGACACUGGUCCCCAGACUGGGCCUGCAGCUGGAGUGAAAGACAAGGGUCCAGAGCCAACUUUUAAGCCAUACUUCCCCACAAAAAGAGCUGUCACCCUAAAGGACUGGGGCAAGCAGAGGCCCAAGGAGAGAGAAAACCUUGCCCCUGAGCAGCCUCUGCCUAAUGUUAAUGGGAUAGACAACCCAGGGGCCAUCCUCAAAGUGACUCACCCCCCUGUGGUGGGUAGUGAUGGCUCUUGCAUGUUCUUUGAAGACAGCAUCAUCUACACCACCCAGAUGGAUAACAUCAAGCAUACACCACUCACAGCCAGCCCCCAACCUCGAGAAGUGACUUUCCUGAGUUUCUCUUUGUCCUGGGAAGAGAUGUUUUAUGCACAGAAAUGCCACCGCUUCCUGACUGACAUCAUCCUGGAUUCCAUCAGGCAAAAGGACCCCAAAGCUAUCACAGCCAAGGUGGUGUCCCUGGCCUACCGGCUGUGGACGCUGAACAUCAGCCCCAAGCAGUUUGUGGUGGAUUUGCUGGCCAUCGCUGGCUUCAAGGAUGAUCGGCACACUCAGGAGCGUCUGUACAGCUGGGUAGAGCUCACACUGCCUUUUGCCAGAAAAUAUGGCCGUUGCAUGGACCUGCUCAUCCAGAGGGGACUGUCUAGGUCUGUCUCGUACUCAGUCCUGGGCAAGUAUUUACAAGAGGGUUAGAGUACCCACAGAUGUUGGUCCCACAGACCACCAGCACUUGCCCAAGGCUCAUUUUAACUGUGGACAUCCCCAGAAUGCACAUGCCCAGCCAAUGAUACAAAUCACUCUAUUUUUUAUUAUAAACAAAUAAAAGAGUAAACCACAA